CUCUGUCGCCUACUUUGAGUCGGAAUUAUCUAAAAUUAUUUCACUUGCUACUAGAAGCUCUGCAGGAAUAAACGUUACAAAAAUAAAUCGGUUGCACUAGCCGCUCAUUUGUUGUUGGUACCGGAAAAGAAGGUGCGGCUGUCGAAUUUCUUGUCUUAUUCGCAGGAGCUUUCUAGAUGAUAUACCAGUAGCAUGGUACCGAUUGUAUCGCCCUUCUUACGCACUUCAACUGCAUUGUACUACGUUUUCUGUGAACCAGUGAAUCAGAGCAGACCACUACACGCCAUUCACGCCGUUUGUACCGUGCCGCGUGGUUUGAUUGAACACUGCAUAUGCGGUCUUUGCCAUAAAAGCUUAGCACCGCAGCUCUUAAGCUUGUCUUGUCAUCGAAUUUAGGGCUCAUAAUAAAAUCCAUUUUACACUCUGCAGAUCUCUUCUAGACAACGCCACCUUCGCCAGAGCUUUCCCAUUUCUUGUUCCGUCCUCUCAUUGCCUCGAACAUCUUCUUCACUCGUUCUUCCAAUCUGAAAUUAAUCUUCAGAGUAAAAAGAUGAACGCCAUGGAUCUCGAUGCGGUUUUGGAAGCUCUGCAUCAGAAUUUAUCUGUAUCAUCUAACACGAGCACAACAGCAACCUUACUUGACGGGUUAUUACCGACUACUCUCCUUGAAAACCUCGUUCCUGGAUAUGGCUACAUCCAUAAGAUCGUUCUUCAAACCGUUGGUUUUGAUAUCACACUUCUUGUUUCUCUAUUCGCUGCUUUGUGGUUGGGAAGUAAGGCUUUCGAUGUAUUAUGGUCGUGGGUAUGGACAAUUGUUGGGCGGCAUUGGAUGUCCGAUAUCUCCAUCAGCAGCAGAGACGAAAUACACGACGAAGUAAUACAGUUUCUUGCCCACAAAUACCAAAUGAAGCCAUCUCGUUCUCUUCAGGCAGAGACAGCUCGUAGGGGAUAUUGGGACCUAGAUAAUGAGGAUGCCGUCACUUUGACACAACUUGAUGGAACUGGUACCAUACAGUGGCUCAAUUUUGCCGAUCAAGACUCCAAGACUAAACCACAAUAUACGCCAUCUAUGGGAGCCAGUCAUAGUUUUUGGCACAAUGGGAGAUAUUUUCGUGUCAAACGUUCGGAGAAAAUGGUUUUCUCAUCCUCCUCGUAUGAUAAGAACCCAGUAUCCGAUCAACAAAUGCUGCUCAUCUCCUGUUAUGGUCGUAGCACGACACCUAUUAAGGAGUUUCUUCAAGAGGCGAAAGAAUAUUCGAACAGAAAUCAUAGUGCAAAAACUAUCAUUCGUCGACCUGCGACUAAAGAACGUCGAAGUUGGGGAGGUCGAAGUUCUUGGAUUGAGGUAGCUAGACGACCUUGUCGUCCAAUGAGAACUGUUGUUCUGGAUGAGGUUAUGAAAAAUAAGGUUCUACGUGAUAUCAACGAAUAUUUGAAUCCCUCAACUGCUCGUUGGUAUGCCAUUCGCGGUAUACCUUACCGUAGAGGGUAUCUCUUCCAUGGGCCUCCAGGUACUGGCAAAACUUCUUUAACAUUUGCUCUUGCCGGUGUUUUUGGCUUGAACAUCUAUGUUGUCAGUUUGCUAGAGCCUACUCUUACUGAAGAAGAACUCGGCAACCUUUUUACCAAUUUACCACCUAGAUGUAUUGUACUGUUGGAGGACAUUGAUACUGCAGGCUUGACACGCGUCAAUGAAGAUAAAGUUGAGUCGUCGGAUGAAUGCAGCUCAGAUAGCAGCAGCGGCGAGAAUGAAGCGAUCACCAAGAAACACAAGAAGGGCAAGGGUAGAGGUGGCAGGGGUAGACAUAGCAGGGGAAGUAAGAAGAGCAAGAAAAGUAAGAAAGAUGACGACGAUGAAAAGAAAGGAAUCUCGCUCUCCGGUCUCUUAAAUGUAAGCUUGCACCAUCCCUCUCAAACUCGACUGCAAACUGACAAUAUAUUUAGAUCAUCGACGGUGUAGCAUCGCACGAAGGUCGUGUUUUAGUAAUGACAACAAAUCAUCCCGAAAAGUUAGAUGAAGCUCUUAUCCGACCUGGUCGUGUGGACUGUCAAGUUGCAUUCACGAAUGCCACUCGUCAUCAAAUCAAAGAGAUCUUUGAGAGAAUGUACUCUAAAGAUCCACCGCGGGAGAAACUAAUCGCUGCCACCUCCCCUGCUACCUCUCCCAUUCCUCAGAGCCAAACCCCCAUCAAAGAAGAGGAUGAAGAAAAAACUCCUCUCCUCUCUCGCACCCCCGAAACCCCACCUCAAAAUCUAGAAACAAACCACGCAAAUCCAGCCGCAAACUCAGUCCCACAAAAACGCCCCCUAACACCUCCGGAUACACCCAUCACCCCCGAAACCGAAACCACAACCGAAACCAAAAGUCCCACUGCGAUAGAAAAGAAACCUCUCACAAUAGCCGAUAUUGAAAAUGAUGGUGAAGAGGAAAUAUUGGCCCCAGGAGAAUUAUCCACUUUGGCUACGCAGUUCGCGGAGCACAUUGAAAAUUUUAUGUUUAGUCCAGCGGAGGUUCAGGGAUUCUUGCUGACGAGAAAAAAGGCUCCUAGGAAGGCGGUUGUUGAGAUUGGGGCUUGGGUUGAGGUUACGAGGAAGAGUAAGGUGGAGGGUCAGAAAUUUAGUUGAAAGAUUGGAGUGGGAGAUGGUUGAGGAUUGAAUUGCAUUGCAUUGCAUUGGACUCCAUUGGGCAUCGAGUUGAUGGUUGGUGAUGGGAGUGAGUUUGGUGUGUUGGUUUGCUUUUGUUUUUAAGUUAUGAAGUCAACAAGUGCAUGAAAGAAAGAAGAACAGGUGGGCAAUUGAGCAUGUUUUUUCUCGUCUUCUUCUCAUAUUUUUGUGAGGAUGAGAAUGAGUUGAGUUAUCGAAUGUGUAUAUUAUCAAUAACGAUCACAAUAUCUGCAUAUAGAGUAGUUGGGACAUGAGAAAGAAGAUGAAGUGAAGAAAGAAAGAAGAGGAGAAAACAGAGAAAGAUAUCUUAGUUUAGUCUAGAAGAA